GCAUCAUGGUGCGCAUGAAUGUUCUGGCCGAUGCCCUUAAGAGCAUCAACAAUGCAGAGAAACGUGGAAAACGUCAAGUUCUCAUUAGACCGUGCUCUAAAGUAAUCGUGCGGUUUUUAACUGUGAUGAUGAAGCAUGGUUACAUUGGUGAAUUUGAGAUCAUUGACGAUCACAGAGCUGGGAAAAUUGUUGUUAAUCUCACAGGCAGACUGAACAAGUGUGGUGUGAUCAGUCCCAGAUUUGAUGUUCAGUUGAAGGACCUGGAAAAGUGGCAGAACAACCUUUUGCCUUCACGUCAGUUUGGGUACAUAGUGCUGACAACUUCCGCUGGCAUCAUGGACCAUGAGGAAGCAAGGCGAAAACACACAGGAGGCAAAAUCCUGGGAUUCUUUUUCUAAAACUUGUAAAACAGGCAUACUAAUAAAUUGUUCAAAUGGACUCUGUUUGCAUUCAG